AUGGCUCCCGCGAUAGUCGUCGACAAGGCCGGAACUGCGCCCGCGCCCUCGCAGGAGGAUGUCAGCGCCUUCAUCAGCAGCAUCGUCACGGCCAAGACGUCGCACGCCUCGGUAGACGCCGCCUACGCCCUCACCACACUUCUCCAGAACUCGGUUGGCUUCCGCGGCCUCCAGGGCUAUGGAGUCAUCGAGGAGAUCAAGAAAUCCGCUGCCAACAAAAAGGACGCGGUGCGGAGAGAGGGCGCCAUGAACGCUCUUGGCGCUUUCUUUGAGCGCCUCCCACGCACACAGCGGCUGACAGAGGUCAUCUUUCUCGUCCAGGAGGCGGGUCUGAUCCCUUUGGCACUCGAUCUGCUUGCAGACAAGACCGGCUCCGUCAAGGAGUCCGCCAAGUAUGCUCUCGACUCGCUUUUUGAGAACCUGAGCGCUGAAGCAAAGGUUUUUGGCCUCCUUCCUGUGCUUGUAAAGUACCUAGGCAAGAAGUCCGGAAAGUGGCAGGGUGCCGCUUUUGCCUAUGAGCUUAUCGGUCGCAUGGCCGACAAGGCAAAGAUGGGCAUGGAAAGCCUUGAGGUCGAGAAGGAAAAAGAUGUGCUGCGCGAGGCCAUGGGCAAGAAGCUCGAGGGCCUCAUCCCCAUUGUCGAGGCUGGCAUGCACGAUCUCAAGUCUGAGGUCACCAAAGCAUCCGUCAAGACGAUGAACAGUCUCACUACUCUCCUCCAGAACGAUGAUAUCGCGCCCCGGAUACCGCUCCUCGUCAAGGCUAUCGAAGAUCCUUCAACACAGAGUCUGCAGAAGGCUAUCCACGCCCUUUCGCAAACUACCUUCGUCGCCAUCGUUACAUCCCCCGUUCUGGCAAUGGUCACACCUCUGCUCGAGCGCUCGCUCAACACGCCAAGUACUUCGCAAGAAGUUACCCGCCAGACAGUUGUUGUAGUCGAGAACCUGACUAAGCUUGUCCACGAUCCCAUUGAGGCUCGUGCUUUUUUGCCCAAGCUCCGCCCUGGUGUGAAGGCCGUCAAGGACAACGCAUCCCUACCCGAAGUCCGAGAAAUCGGUCAGCGUGCGUUGGACGUCAUUGAGAAGGCCAUGGCAGACCCAGAUCAUAACAUUGAGAGCGGUGCGAUUGCCCGCGCAGAGCCAGCAGAUGUUCAGAAGGUUCUGGACAAGGAGCUCAACGCUUCUGCCACUCUCCUCAACUUCCCUGGAGAUGCUGAGAUCUGGGCCCUUACCAAGAACUACAUCUCCGAUAUGAUCGCAGAGGUUGUUACACAGCGUGAGCUCCAGCGCAUCCCGAAACUCGUCGCACCUUACGUAGAGCCUCUGGUCAACCCUGGAGACGCCGACAAGGUCGCCGAGGCUGUACACAAAUACUACGUUGACGAGGACCAUCGCAAGUUUGGUCAGCCCAUCAAGGAAGACGACGGAGAAGUUGAAAUUGUAAACGCUGUCUUCUCUCUCGGAUACGGUGGCAUGUUGCUCCUCUCGCACACCAACCUCCGGCUAUUGAAGGGUCACCGUUACGGUCUUUGCGGUCGCAACGGUGCCGGAAAGUCUACGCUUAUGCGCAGUAUCGCCAGCGGCAAACUGGAAGGAUUCCCACCCCAGGAUGAGGUCAAGACCUGUUUCGUCGAGCACAACCAGGGCGAAGAUGCCGAUCUCUCCAUCCUCGAAUACAUUGUUCGUGACCCACGAUUUGCGGACGAGAGCAGGGAGCGCAUUUCUGAGGUUUUGGAAGAGGUUGGCUUCACUGCUGGCCCAGAGGGCAGACAAUCACACAAGGUCGGCUCCUUGUCUGGAGGAUGGAAGAUGAAGCUGGCUUUGGCGCGUGCCAUGCUUAUGCGCGCCGACGUGCUUCUUCUUGACGAACCUACUAACCACUUGGACGUUGCCAACGUGGCCUGGCUCGGAAAGUAUCUCAAGUCACACACUGAGAUUACCAGUCUGAUCGUCUCCCACGACUCCGGUUUCCUCGACGAUGUCUGCACCGACAUCUACCACUAUGAACAGAAGAAGCUCGUCUGCUACAAGGGUAACCUUGCCGAUUUCGUCCGACAGAAGCCUGAAGCCAAGAGCUACUACACUCUCUCCGAUUCUCAGGUCCAGUUCAAGUUCCCUCCCCCUGGUAUCCUCACAGGUGUCAAGUCGAACACUCGCUCCAUUCUUCGCAUGACCAACUGCUCGUACACCUACCCCGGUGCUUCUAAGCCAUCUCUCGUCGAUGCCUCGUGCAACUUGUCUCUGUCGUCGCGAGUUGCCAUUAUCGGUGCCAACGGUGCCGGUAAGUCCACUCUCAUCAAGAUGCUUACUGGCGAGACCAUUCCACAAGAAGGUGUCGUAGAGAAGCAUCCUAACUUGCGUAUUGGUUACAUCAAGCAGCACGCGCUUGAGCAUGUUGAGAUGCAUAUGGAGAAGACGCCCAACCAGUACCUGCAAUGGCGAUACGCCAACGGCGAUGAUCGUGAGGUGCUCAUGAAGCAGACUCGUGUCCUCACCGAAGAAGACAAGAAGCAGAUGGACACGCCCAUUGAUCUAGGCGAUGGUAGCGGCCCCCGCAAGAUUGAGGCGCUCAUCGGUCGUGCCAAGUACAAGAAGACGUUCCAGUACGAGGUCAAGUGGCUGCACAUGCUGCCCAAGUACAACACCCAGAUUUCGCGCGAAACACUCAUUGAGAAGGGUUUCAGCAAGCUUGUCCAGGAAUUCGACGAUCAUGAGUCGUCGCGUGAGGGUCUUGGUUACCGUGUUCUUGAGCCCAAGGUCAUUUCCAAGCAUUUUGAGGAUUUGGGCAUGGACCCCGAGAUUGCGAACCAUAACGAAAUCUCUGGUCUCUCUGGAGGCCAAAAGGUCAAGGUCGUACUUGCUGGUGCCAUGUGGAACAACCCGCAUCUUCUCGUCCUUGACGAACCUACCAACUUCUUGGACCGCGACUCUCUCGGUGGUCUCGCCGUCGCUAUUCGUGAGUACAAGGGCGGUGUCAUCAUGAUCUCGCAUAACGAAGAGUUCGUUGGCGCUCUCUGCCCUGAACAAUGGCAUGUCGCCGACGGCCGCGUGACUCACAAGGGUCACCUCGCCGUCGACAUGGGUCGUUUCGAAGACUCGCGCCCUGGCUCUAGCAACGUUAGCAGCAAUGUUAGCUCCGCUGCGCCAUCGACAACUGGCACGCCCGUCAUGAGCGACGCCGAGGGUAACAAGGAUGACAUGAAGUUCAGGUCGAGGAAGAAGAAGAAGAUGACCAAGAAGGAGGUCAAAGACAGGGAGGUCAGGAGGAGAUUGAGAUACAUUGAUUGGUUGAACAGCCCUAAGGGUACACCCCAACCUCCCAACACGGAUGACGAGGCUGAGUAGAUGUGUCAAUGACUCUUGGAUUUACGAUGGUAUGAAGAUAUCUUAGACUUUGCACGUUUUUGCAUGGCUCGGCGUUCUAUAGAGGGCUGUUUGGUAGAGUGCAUUUGGCACCUUGUGGUAGAUUCUUAGUUGUUGCGCCUAAAAGUAUUCGUUUGUCGUU